AUGAAUUCAUCACUGAUUCUCGUCGCAGUUUUGAUUAACGUCUUAGAGUUCACUGGGUCGUCACCAAGCAAAAUAAGGUUUUUGAGUGACAAAUCAAAUCAUCGUAUUGUUGGUGGACAUAAAGUAUCUAUUAAGAAAGCUCCAUGGAUUGUGCAAGUUAUUUAUAAUAAAGACGGAUUAUGUGGAGGCAGCAUAAUUUCUCGAACGAAAAUUUUGUCAGCAGCUCACUGUACAGUAGGUCGUACUCGAAAGCUAUUUGUAAUACGCGCUGGAACCGCUAAAUUGUUGGUGGGGGGUCAAACUCGAAGAACAUCGAAAAUCAUUGAGCAUCCGCUAUACAAACCCUAUUCGCAUCAAAACGACAUUUCCAUACUGUUUCUGAGAAAACGUUUGAAUUUGUCAUCCAGAAUUUCUAUGAUUGGCAUUAACAAAAGUCCCUCAGUUUUACAUAAAGGAUCCAAAGUUACAGUCAACGGAUGGGGUCUCAUAUGCGAAACGUGUGGCGUAUCUAACACUCUUCGAGCAGUUAAAGUCACUGCAAUGAACAACGAUCGAUGCAAAAAAAUUUACGGACCGCAAAUUAAAAUUUUACCGUCGAUGUUUUGUUGCGGAUUAGAAUCUGGCGGCAAGGAUUCAUGUAAAGGUGACUCAGGCGGUCCGGUCACACUGGGUAAAAAACUGGUUGGUAUUGUUUCAUUUGGAACAGGCUGUGCCAGACCGAACGUACCUGGCGUCUAUACAAGAGUUUCAUAUUUUGCAUCAUGGAUAGAACGCUACUUGUGACUGUCGUAUACCAUAAAAUAAAUAGUAAAUUUU